UUGGACCACCAUCGAAGAAGAGACGACGGCACCGGUCUGAGUUCGUCGCUGUCGUCACCGGUCUCGAACUCGGAGGGAGCAUGGUGGUGCUUAGUAGCGAGGGUGAUUUCUGAAACGGCGGCGGAGAGAGGAGGCGUGAAGAGUUCGAGGUGGUGAUGAAGUUUUGUCAAAGCAAAGCCCUCGCAUCAUCGCAGUGCUCAUCCUCUUGUCCAGUGACGUUUUAAAACUCCUGAAGCAGGAUUACACAGGUGAAGUUUGGAUUGUUCUUUUAAGAUGUAUCCUCGGAUUUGAUUAGUGAAUCACGUGUUCUGUUCUGAGACUUUCAUUUGAUUCUUAAGAUGGCAAAGGAAGCUAGCGGUGGUGGUGGAGGUGAAGCCGAGCAAGAAGAAGAAGAGAGGUGGAGAAAGAGAGAUGACAAAGACACAAAAGGAAGAAGAGGAUGCGGCGAGGUGGAUGGGAGAAGAUUAGAUUUAGGUUUAUUUUUUAAUCUGUGUUUAGGCUUCUUUUUAAUUUUGGGUUUUGUUUUUGUAAUACAAUUUUAAUUAAUAAAUUAAUUUUAAUUAUAAAUCAAUUUUAAUUUAUAAAUUGCUAUUUUGAUAUAUAUUUUUUAAUUUUUUUUUAUUAUUUAAUAAGAUAAUAAUAACGAAAAAGAAACGCUAUAAAAAAAUAUUUAAUUGCAUACAUAAAAGCGCUAUAAUAUAUAACAAUAAGAUAGCAGUGCAAAAAACCGCUAUCUAAUGUGCCUGACCUACUAUAACGGGCGAUGAUACAGCGCUUCAUAAACCGCUAUCGUAUCGUUAGAUAGCGUUUUUCGUCCGCUAAUAAAAGUCUUUUUUCUUGUAGUGUGGACCUAACAGAAUUAGAAUAGUUUCUACAAAAAAAUGAAAAAAUAAAUAAAAAAGUUUCAGUUGUGACUGACCAAUCUCGUUGAUGGAAUGGAAUAUAUAUGUAUGAAGUUUGGUUUCAUUCUAAGAAGAGAUUCGAAAAUAAAUGAAAAAAAUAAAAAUAAAAGUUUCAGUUGUGACUGACCAAUCUCGUCACAUUUCAAUGCAUUUACUUAUAAACGUAUUUAUUUACCUAAAAGCAAAUAACAAUUUUAUGUCGGUCGAAAAUGCGGUGAAAUAGAUUUGACGAUGAAGACGAAUUUACACACCAUAAAAAUUCAAGAAAAGAAAAUAAGGCUGGCAUUUGUUGGAUGAAUCCCAGAUAUUAAAUAUCGAGGAGCCGUAACGAGUUCUAGUAAGACACCAUUAAGUCCUUAUCGAUCUCCUUAUUUACAACCUGUCUUUAUUUUUAACCAUCAUCCUCAACCACAUGCUGCUGUGUUUGCUAACUGUUCAUCGAUCAGGCUCGUUGUUAUUGCACAAACAACAAACCCGUCACGGCUUACGACUUUUUUUGUCUCUCGCUCUCGUCUACUAAUUAAUUUUUCCCAAGAAUUUACGCGUGAUUUUGUUUUCUUUCUAGAUUUUUUUUCGACAUUGUAUAUGUAGUAAAUGAAUUAUGAACGCAGACAAAUUAUGCUACUAUUUUCUAAAGUUAUUGUACGUAACUGUAUGUGGGCAUGCAUUUUGGAAUUUACGAAUCUCUUUCUGUUAUUUUGGUCUCUCAGCCAGAACUUAAACUUUCAAGUCAUAAUAUAUAUAUGUAUAUAUGUUAACACAAUUUUAAAACUUAGCCAGAUUUUUAUUAUGGACUCAGAGUACGAAAGAACCACGUAAGUAUAAAUAAUAGCCUCUGCGGAUAGUAAGAGCAGGAUUAUUUAGGGGUGGGUUCCACCACAAAAGAAGAAGAACCGACCCCAAAGACGCUAGAUAUGGCGAUGAUGCUUGAGCUAUUUCGCAGACCCCGCUGAUACAUGGCAGUUUGCGAUUGAAUCAUUUUUAUUUUUUUUUUUAAAUCAGAAAAAACCAAAGCAAAAAAAAGUUAAACAUCCCACUUUGGGUGUUAUGGUUAAUGAUGCUCUUAGAGCAUCUUUAAUCCUAAGAGUCCAUUAGAGGUUUUAAUUUUUUUUUUCUCUUUUGUCCAAUUUAAAAAAAAAAAAAUUUAAGUAUAAUCAAUUGCGAAUCGCUAUUAGUGGAAUCCGUAAAUAGUACAAGAACUACAUCAAACUCGCCUCUUAGAGAAGAUUAAAAAAGGUGAGUUUUAGUUUUUUGUGGGGUUUACACUCUUUAAAAGUCAGGGUUAAAAGUGCUCUUAGCGAAGUAAAUUUGUAAAUUAAAUAUUUGGAGUUAGAGGGGCUACUACUGCAACUUGGACCUGUAUUUAAUUAUCAAUACUUUAAUAUUUCUAUCUAAUUUAUUUUAACCUACAGGCUACAGCAUAAAUUACUGAUUUAAUUGCUAACUUUUAACCUUAUGCGAAAAAUGAUUUACUUACUUUUAAUAAAUGGACCACGUACGUUACCAAACAAACAUGAGAUCUUAACUACUUCCUAUACUGAUUAAAAUAAGGAAAUUACUAAACACCUCAACGUUUAGUUUACUUAAGAACUAAGAUGGUGGAAGACAUAUAAAUUAGUAUAAUACUAAGUUUUAAAUCUAUUGUGUUUUUAAAACAAAACGGAAAAGUGUGAAAUCGAAACUUUAAUUCUUACUCUUGAAAUUUUAAAAAAUUUAUUAAUUAAGAAAAAUUGUAUUUAGAUUGCUAAUGGUAGAGGGAGAAAGCGUAGUAUGUAAUUAGGAAGGCAUGUCUGACACUUGAAACAGUUGGAGAGUCCAAGUUUGAUUACUACAAGUUUGUGGUCCCGAACAUCGACCCCUUUCCUCUGCUUCUUCAGUUCUUUGUUUUUUAUAAUAUAAAGAUCCAUUGUAUAUGGUUUUCCAAGUGGACAAAAGUUCGGUUAUACGCAGUGGCGAAUCUAGAUAGGUUUUGGGUGGGCAGCUGCCCCUCAUGAUUUUGUGAAAGUAAGUGUAAUUGUUCAAAGAUUUUUUAUGUUGCCUUUUGAUAUGUUAUAUACUUAUAUACUCUUCCGCCCCGGAUGAGAAUGCACCACCACUGGUUAUAAUACGUGUUACGUUAGCACUUGGAGGAUUAUCAUUUUUCUAAUCGUAAUUCUCUCGUUCUAUAAAUAUUUUUGUAUAUUAUUACCCACUAGUAGCUCAUUAGGUACUACAACAAGACUCCUUUUAUGCUUACGAAGAUUCAGCUUUCAUGACUUCUUUUAUUCUUCUAGAUUCACCGGUUCAGUAACCACGAUUGUGGUACGCUUCUGUACUUUUCUUCCUAAUUGCAGAAAUAUACAGAAAAGAUGUGUGAAUUUUCAAAUUUAAUUUCUUAUAAUUAAAUGAUAAUUCCUACCUAUCAUCUUUUGACCCACAAAACUAACCAAAAAGGAAAUUCCUUCGUGACAUCCCCAAUCGUAGAUGACCGGAAAUGGCACGAUCGAGGUUUUUCGAUGGUCGAUCUGAGGUUUUCAGAAUACUUCCGAUCGUUUUAGACCAACAACCAAAAAACACCAAUGUUCCGAUCAGAUAUCAUCUAGGCUUUUCAAUUCGAAAAAGCAAAACUCGAUAGUUAGUUCGUCCGGACAAAGACUAAUAUCAUAUGGAACCCGUACUUUAAAAACUAUCUUUAUAUAUCAUUCAAAAACAUCUUACAAAAUUUGCUAUAAAUUACCUCGAAGUUUUCGGUUAAAAAACUUUAUACGAAGAUAUAUUAAACGGCUUUGCAAGGAUAAUAAAACUACCGCUGGCUAAUGUUGUUCUUUCAUGUCCUAGAGUAAGGUAUCCCGUCUACUGGUUACAUGCAUCACAAAUGAGUCAUGAAUAAAUAACUGGUAAUUAUCAAAUAAUCAUAGCCAAUACGGAAUAAUUUCCGUUUUCAAUUAUAAUAAGUUUAUUUUAGUCGGUCUUAAUACCAAAGAUGGCUUGCUGAUUGAAAAUAAAACGUACUAACCCUAAAAAAGCAAUAUUUGUGUAAGACGUAUAUAGUAAUGAGUAAUGACAUUUGACGAUAUUUUGAAAGUUUUCGAAAGGAAAAAUGAUUGUUCACUAUAUGAAUUAUUGGUCAUCACAUGGCUAACCAUAUAAACUAAACAAAUGUAUACUUACCUAUACGAAGUAUAUAUUAUACAUGACAACAUCUCUCAACUUUAUGAUGUUAUGUAGUUAAGAUCACGAAUUUAAUUUCGUAUCCAAAAAAUAAUGUGUAUGUCAUAGACUAUUUAAAUCUCUCGCUACAUCAAUUAAAAUGUGACGUACCUGACGGUAAUUUACCUAAACUAGAUUUUGGUCCCUGUUUUAAAAGCGUAAAAAUAUUUUUAACAAAAUCUAAUUUACAAAAUCAAUAUGUUUAUAAAUUUUGAUAAGUAGUGUUUCAACAUUUUUAUUUUAGUAUAUUUGAAAACAAUAUAAUUAUAUUAUUUAUAUUUAUAAUUUAAUGUAGUUUUUAAUUCUUUUAAUCUGUUUUGGUAUGAUUUUUUAAUAAAAUUUAUGUAAUUCAUUUGAUUAAUUGUGUGAUAUAUACUUAUUUGAUAAACACAUUUACUAUAAAACUUCUUUGAUGUCAACUUAUUGACUCUAACAUUUUACUUGUUUAAUAUGAAAUUAUUAAGUAAAUGAAUUAUUUUAUAUAUUUUUUCAUAAACAAAAAUUUCACUCAUUUAAACUUAGUAAACCUUUCAUAUUACAUUCUUAGUUUUUGAUUAUUUUUAUUCUUAAAAGUAAAUAAUUUAUAAUUAUAUACGCAAGAUUAUGUUUGGUUUAAGUUGACAUCAAAUAAUUUUUAUAAUUAAAAAAAUAUGAAAGAAGUAUAUAUCACACUAUUAAUCAAACGAAUUACAAAUUGUUGAGUAAAAGUUCAUAACAAAACAGAUUAAAUAAUUAAAAAAACAGAUUAAUAUAAAUAAAAAUAAUAGAAUUAUAAAGUUUUAAAAGACACUAAAAUAAAAUGUUAAAACACUAAAAUAAAAUGUUAAAACACUAAAAUAAAAAUGUUAAAACAUUACUUAUUAAAAGUUCAUAACAAAAUAGAUUAAUAUAAAUAAAAAUAAUACCAUUAUAUAGUUAAAACAUAUUGAUUUUGUAAAUUUUAUUUUGUUAAAAAUAUUCUUACGCUUUUAAAAUAUGGGUCAAAAUCUAAUUUUAGUUAAAUUAUAGUCGGAUUGGUCAUAUUUUAAUUGUGGAAACAAGAUAUUUAAACGAUCUCUAACAUCCACAAAUGAAUAAUGAAAUUAAACUCGUGAUGUUAGCUACAUAACAUCAUAAAAUUGAGGGAUGUUGUCAUGCAUAACAUAUACUUCGUGUGGUUAGGUAUACAUUAGUUUAGUUUGAAUUGUUAGUUAUGUGGUGACCAAUACUUCAUGUAUCUAGCGAUCAUUUCUCUUUUUAAAAACAUAAGCUGUAUUUUCCCAGAAGUAGCACAAAUCUCUAAUUCGCAUUUGAUACUAUUGAAACAACACCUCUUAACCAAUUACUUCCUUUAUAAUCUCCAUAAAAGUUAUAUGUUACUGUUUGACAACGUGCAUGAAGUAACACGUUGUGUGAUACUCCUUUGAGGCUUUGAGUAUUGAAUAAACAACUUGAAUAAAAUCAUAGAAGCCCCUACGCUCGAUGAAAUUGGGACAGCUAAAUGGGUAAAUGUGUCAAGAUAACACGUAAAGGGGAGACAAUAACAAAUUUUAAUAAAACCCGUAUCAACCUCGAAGGAUGAAAAUGAAACAAACCCUAAUUAAUUAAAAAAAUCAUCGAGCAUUAUCAGUAGUUGGAUAUUCAAAUAGUUUCCAACCACGAAACGUGAAAGGAAGAUCAAUAUCAGACCGUCCGUUUAAUAGAUUCCACACAUACUAGCACGUCUUCCUUUGGAAUUACCUUUCACAUUUUUUUUUUUUGAACUUACCUUUCACAUUUUUUGAGCUAGUGAAAAUGUAUAUAAAUAACUAAAUUACGACACCAUUUUUGCGUUUUAUAAGAAAAUAUCAUUAAUUGUCUCUUGCAAUCUCUACAUAUUAUCAGUUCUGCAAACAAAUUAAAUGUGUAUCACCUUAAUGCACAACAAAUGGUUAUCCGUAGCAAGCACGCAAUUUCAUAGUCAGACAACAAACACAUCACAAUCUCCCUCUCUCUAUGUAUAUAUAUAUAUAUAUACAUCACACAUGUGGGUGUACAUCAAUUCGUGUAUAUAUGCUUUAAAAUCCGUAUAUUCAUUUUGAUCUUUAUAGAAAAAAUCCCACUCGCCAUAUAUAGUCCCUCAAUAAAUACCCCCAACCACAUUCCAUAAGCCCUCCCUCACUCUAUUCACACUCACCCUUCAUUGUAAAAGCAACAAACAGGGAAGAUUUUCAAACUAAAAUCACGUACAAACAUUUCAUUUAGGAAGAACUUGAAAAUUAUGGCGAUGAAAAAAACAAGCAAGCUAACACAAACGGCAAUGAUCAAGCAAAUCUUGAAGAGAUGCUCGAGUUUGGGGAAGAGGCAGAGUAAUGUGUACAGCGAAGAUGAAAACGGACAACCUCUUGACGUACCUAAAGGACAUUUCGUCGUCUACGUUGGAGAGAAUCGAGUCAGGUACGUUGUACCCAUUUCGUUUUUGACCCGACCCGAAUUUCAGCUUCUUCUCCAACAAGCAGAGGAAGAGUUUGGUUUCGAGCACGACAUGGGUCUCACUAUCCCUUGUAAAGAAGUCGUUUUCCGAUCUCUCACGUCUAUGCUCCGAUGAACAUAUCUUUUAGGGUUUUGCUUCUUUUUCUUAAAUAAUACAUUUCAAAUCGUUAGUUAGGAUGACAGAGGAAGCUGCUAAGUAAAUGCUUCUCUGUUUUAGCAAAAAUAAGUUUUAUUUGUUUUGGCUAAUAUGGGUUUAGAGUUGUAACUUGUAAGAGUGAGACCUAACCCUUAUUUAGAGAACCCCAAUGAGAAUGAUUUAUUAUUUUUGGUUAUUUUCUCAGAUUUGUAGAAACCCAAAAACAAAACAAAUUUCUGGAGAAGAUCACUCUCACGGUUUUGUGGUUGAUGAAUGUGUACCCUGUGAGAAAGGUUUUUAAUAUUUAAUGAAUGAGACUUAAAAUUAUCAGGCUUCAGGUUUUAUUGGUGUGGUUAUUUUUGCAUACAUUAAUGAAUCUUCGUGUAAUCUCAUAUACAUUAUUUGAGAAGUGAUUUUGCCAUGUGUUAUCACUACAAUAAUUUUGAAAGAAAAAUGAUGGCAUAGCUUGAACAUAUUUGUGACAUGAAUAUUUACAUUUGAUGCAGAUUUAUAUUUUUGUUAAAUUUUUUAGAAUAUGAUGAGAAAUCAUUAAUAUAACAAUAAAUCAUGUAAUACUCUAUCCGUUUCAUAAAGAAUGUCAUUUUACAUUUUUCACAUAGAUUAAAAAAUGAUUGAAAUGCAUUAAAGUUCUUAUUAAUUACAUAUAUUCAGCCAAUAUUAUUUGAGAUAAAUGAAAUUAUGUAUAAAAUCAAUGCAUUUGUAAUUAAUUUAAGCUGAAAGUUGCAUUGAAAUUCUAAAAUAACACUCUUUUUGUAACAAAAAAAA